CAAGCAAUUUUUUGAUGAAAAUCAAGAUAAAUCUUAUUUCACCACCAACUUAUGUUGUCACGACAACAACAAUGAAUCGAGAAGAAGGUUUAAAAGCUUUGGAAACAUCUAUUAAAGCCAUUGAAGAAGUCAUUAUGAACAAGAAAGGAACAUUUGUUUUACAACAAGCUCCAAAGGUUGUCACAGAUAUGGAUGAAGCAGACUUUGCAAAGGAACUGGAAAAACUUGAACGUGAAAAUGCAGAAGUUGAUGGUGAUGAUGAUAAUCCUGAUGACGAAGAAGAACAAGAUGAAGCAUAAAUGAUUGUGGUUUGUGUUAAAACAUUUUCAGAGAGAAUGAUAGAUUGGCUGACAAGUGCUAAUUUAAUAGGAAAGAAGUUAAACUUUAACCUCUAUUGAAACACCAUUCGGACAUCAAUUUUUUCUUGUGACUAUUCAAAAUAAUAUUUCACGCCCAUGUUCAACGUGUUGUGUGAAAAUUUUCAUAGGUUUGCUUAGGUUAAAAUGAAGUCUAUAAGAGAAAUUCAAAUUGACAGUAGUUUGAACCUCUAUGAUUGAGUAUAUCUUACUUGUGUAUCCAAUAUUUAUCCAAGUAUAGUUAGUAGUGUACUGUGUUACACAGUGGAGUGUCUAGCCUCUAAAAUUGGAAGAGUAAUAUUUAUACAUGAA